AUGAAUAACCAAGGAGUAACCUAUGCAGAACUGAAGGUAGCCAAGAACUCAAAGAGGCAGCAAAUAAAACCUAAGGGCACUAAAAAUUCCAUUUCAAUAACUGAGCAGGAAAUAACCUAUGCAGAAUUAAAUCUUCAAAAUGCUUCUCAGAAUCUUCGAGGGAAUGACAAGAACUACCACUGCAAAGAUAUACCAUCACCUCCAGAGAAGCUCAUUGCUGGGGUUCUGGGAAUCAUCUGCCUUGGUUUGAUGUCCAGUGUGGUAACAAUGAUAGUUUUUACUCCUGUAAGUAGAUUUUUGAAAAAUUCUACUGUAAUACGGGAGCAGAAUAACUCCUCUCCGAUAAAAAGGCUCCAGAAAGAAUGUCAUUCUGGUCUUUGUCCAAAAGAGUCGUUUACAUAUUCCAACAAUUGCUAUUAUAUUCAUUUUGAAAAAAAAACAUGGAAUGAGAGUGUGAAGGCCUGUGCUACUAAGAACUCUACUCUGCUUUAUAUAGAUAAUGAAGAAGAAAUGAAAUUCCUGAGGUCCCUAUCAAUUAUGUCAUGGAUUUCAGUCUUUCGUAAAGGCCGUGGUCAUCCAUGGAUGUGGCUAAAUGAUUCAACUUUCAAACUACAUAUAACAGACUCAUCACCUGAUAAACGUAACUGUGCUCUGCUAUAUUCAGAUGGCAUUAAAUCCGACAGUUGUGAGCUCCCACAUACAUAUAAUUGCAAGCAUCAGCUUGAGAAAACGUGA